AUGUGUGAUGGAGUGUAUCCUUUUGAAGAUGAAUCAAGCAUAUUGAGUGUACUAUAUAAACCUCUCUUCCCCUCCCUCAUCUUUUCAUUUGAAAAGUGGUCUGCGCUGUGUUUUAUGGAUUCACUGCAUGCUAUGUCUUCAGCUAAUAAUGCUUGUUCAUUCAUAGCUGAUGGAAAUCUCUGGCGGGGUUGUUGUGCAUCAAAAGCUUCACAAUACAAAACAAAAACUCAAAUAGAAUAUAAUCUUGUGAGGUUCCAACAGUCAAGUUUGAACAAUCGUCACAAAUGGAUUGAAGGAGGACCUACAUAUCAAGAAUGCAACAAAAAAUAUGUUGGGAAAGCCAUCUCUAGGCCACAUUUUGAUUCGGAACCUCAAGAAUCUAAUUCCAAAAACAUUUUGGACUCUGUCAAAAACUUCUUCGCUGCUUUCUACUGGUUUUGCUAUCCUUACUCAGUGAUUGGUUCAGCAUUAAGCACAAUUUCUACAUCUCUCCUCGUAGUGGAUAAACUAUCAGAUAUAUCUCCAUUGUUUAUUAUUGGUGUGUUACAGGCUUUGAUACCUUACUUCUUUAUGGAUAUUUAUGUUAAUGGCGUGAAUCAAUUAUGUGACCUUGAAAUAGACAAGAUAAACAAACCCUAUCUUCCAUUGGCAUCUGGGCAAAUAUCCUUUACAACUGGUGUCAUUAUGGUUGCAUCAAGUUUAACUCUGAGUUUUGGGCUUGCCUGGACUAUAGGUUCUUGGCCAUUGAUUUGGGGUCUUGUAUCCUGCUUUUUACUGUGGACUGCUUAUUCAAUCAAUACUUUUGUGUUGAAGAGGGCAACUAUCUUUCCAAGAUCACUGAUUUUUGUGGCUGUAUUCAUGGGCUUCUAUUCUUUAGGUAUUGCAUUGUUCAAGGAUAUACCUGAUAUCGACGGAGAUAAAGCAUUUGGUAUUCAAUCUUUUUCAGCACGUUUAGGUCAAAAACGGGGUUUGGGAUAUCUUCUUCUGGCUUCAAUUCUCUGGUAUCAGGCAAAAUUUGUAGAUUUGAGUAGCAAAGCUUCCAUUGGAUCUUUCUAUAUGUUGAUCUGGAAGGUUGGCAAAAUCAUUCACAUAUUAUGGUCAUCCAUUUCUAACAUAAAGAAAACGGACUUGGAUCGAAUUGGAUGGA